AUGGCAGAAAUAGCUCAAAUCGAGGAAGUAUUGAAGAAAGAAUUGGCGCCUGUUCACGCUAAGCUUGCUGCGGUAGAAGGAAACCUCAAACAAAUGACCACGUCCUUAGAAUUCUUAUCGACAAAAUACGAUCAACUGCUAGAACAUUCCAAGACCACUAACGAGAAAAUAACAGGGCUUACAAAAACAACUAGAACCAUUCAAGCAGACAUUAAAAUCAACAGAGAUAUGACUCUCGAAGCAAAAGGGGAAUCCGACGAGCUAGCACAGUACCUGCGAAGAGACUGUCUUGAAAUUUCAGGAGUGAAACCAAACGCAGAAUACAGUAGCGAAGCCAUCGUAGAGAGUAUUGGCAAAGUAUUGAAAGUUAACAUCGAAGAAAAAGACAUUUCAACCGCCCACCCAUUACCUAUACGUUCAAUAAAGAUGCCUUACCGAAAAUAAUUGUGAAGUUCACUCGCAGAAAUGUACGCAACAAAUUCUACGCUGAAAGAAAAACUCUUGCUGGCAAGAACCUCAAAGAUAAUCCACAUGUCAGAAAAUUUCUAGUUGGAGAUAGUAUAUAUAUUUCAGAAUCGCUUACCCCUCGAAGAAAGAAGCUAUAUGGCGAUAUUAAUAAGUUUCGAAAAAAGUUUAAAUGGAAGUUUAUCUGGUCUCAUAACGGACGAAUUUACAUAAAGAAGAACGAAGCUACAACCGAACGCUAUGCUUUUGACACUGCUGAUGACCUUGCUAAAUUUCAACAACAUUUUCAGGCACUCGGCUAA